CUUCUGUACUCAAAUCUUCUUCUUCAACUGCCUCUUCUCUCUUCUUUUUCUUCUUCUUCUUCUUUACUCUCCAAUUCACGAAAAGACAACAACAAUGGAAAACAUUUCAGCAUUCUCCAUGGUGUCUCUUCUCUUUGUCCUGCUAAUCAACUCAGGUCUCCCCGUGGCUUAUGCUGACUAUGGAGGCUGGACAAGUGGCCAUGCCACAUUCUAUGGUGGUGGUGAUGCAUCCGGCACCAUGGGAGGAGCAUGUGGGUAUGGCAACUUAUACAGCCAAGGGUAUGGGACUAACACUGCAGCACUCAGCACAGCUCUGUUCAACAAUGGUCUAAGCUGUGGAGCUUGUUAUGAGAUGAGAUGUGAUAAUGAUCCUAAAUGGUGUCUUCCUGGAACCAUAACUGUUACCGCUACCAAUUUCUGCCCUCCUAACUUUGCCUUGUCCAAUGAUAAUGGUGGUUGGUGCAAUCCUCCUCUCCAGCAUUUUGACUUGGCUGAGCCUGCCUUCUUGCAAAUUGCUCAGUACAGAGCUGGAAUUGUCCCAGUAUCUUUCCGAAGGGUAUCCUGUGGGAAGAAAGGAGGAAUAAGGUUCACCAUCAAUGGCCACUCUUACUUCAACUUGGUAUUGGUGACAAACGUUGGAGGAGCAGGAGAUGUUCACUCAGUUUCAAUCAAAGGGUCCAAGACUAACUGGCAAUCCAUGUCAAGAAACUGGGGCCAAAACUGGCAGAGCAACUCAUACCUCAAUGGCCAAAGCCUCUCUUUUCAGGUCACCACCAGCGAUGGCCGAACUAUGACAAGCUACAACCUUGUCCCUGCAAAUUGGCAAUUUGGGCAAACAUUUGAGGGUGGUCAGUUUUAGAUUUUGAUUUCUUUUCUUUUCUUUUCUUUUCUUUUUUUAAAGAGCAACGAGACCAAACAAGAAUGGCUUUUUUCAUUUGAUUUGUUUGAGAGUUUUGUAUAUUGUGAUGUGCCAUUGUUUAUGACACUAAGAAAGGGGAAGGUAUGAGGGAGAAGAGAUAGAAGAGUAGGGUAGGCUUAAAAAAGUCCCACAGGAACUAUCUACUGCUGAGGUGCCUUAUUUGGCACCCGCUAAGCCUUUACAUAUAUAUGCUUGUUUAGGGUUUGCCAACUAUAUUAUAGUUAGCUACUCGUAUUAUUUGCUUUCUUCAUGGCUUAUUGGCCCAAAUAUCAAUUAGCCAAGUUGGUAUAUUCUUGUGUAAUCCAAACUGGUGAAGCUUCUUGUAACUUUCGAUAAUCAAUCAAGAAACUAUUUCUGAGAGCA